GACAUGGUUCAAAGUUGUGUCUCCAUGUUUGUUGAUAUUUAUUUUGACAGUGAAUUUCAUUUUUAGUGUUUUUAACCUGGACAAAUAAUUUUACUUUAAUAAUACGAUAACUUUAUAGUCUUCAUGUUACUUUAAAUAUCUCACUCGCGUAAAAAUUUAUUUUGAGGUGUUGUAUUUGUGAAUUUGUAUAUCUGAAUGUUUCGAUAAAUAUUUGGUAGCAAGGAGAAUGGUUGUUAUUGUUUGAAUAUUUAUGCUUUUUAAUUUGUAUAUUGUUUUAAAAUGGAUAAUCAGUUAAAUAAUUACAUAAUUCGUUGGCGAGCCUGAAUGUCGUUCUUGAGUUUCACUUCUUGUUUAUUGAAAAAUGGUCUCCACAAGAGGAAUGAAGUUUAAAUUUACGGAGGGUGAGAGAGUGUUAUGCUAUGAACCUGAUCCAACAAAGGCGAAAGUAUUGUAUGAUUCAAAGGUGCUGGAAGUCAUUGCAGGGAAAGAUAAUAGAGGAAAGAAGAAUAUAGAGUACCUGAUACAUUUCCAGGGUUGGAAUUCAUCGUGGGAUCGGUGUGUCAGUGAAGAUUACGUGCUGAAGGAUACGGACGAGAACAGACAACUACAGAAGCACCUGGCUGAUAAGGCACAGCUUCAGUUUGGUGCGUACCUGUACCGGCGAGAGCGCAAGAAGAACCUGCCCAACAAAGUGUCGGAGAGCCUGGAGCAGAACCAGAAGAGGGUGCGGCGUCGGAGGGCCCGGCAGGUGGCGGGGGGCGGGGGAGGAGCGGCUUCGUCGGAGGAGGAGGAGGAGGACCGGGGAGUCAGCUCUGGCAGCCAGAGCCAGCAUGAGGACAGUGACGGGGCCAUGGAGCGGGAGCCCGAGGGCGGGGAGGGGGAGGAGGUGUGCGACGGCGGCUCCUCCUCCGGAGGGGAGACGUCGGCCGACGACGACCGCGUCAUCUUGGACCUCAGCGAGACCAUCAGGAGGCUGCUGGAGCAAGACUACGAGCUUGUCACCAAGAAGAACAAGCUAGUCAGACUUCCAGCUAACCCAACUGUCGUGAACAUCCUUGAAGGCUACGUGAAGCACUGUGCCAUAAACCAGUUGGGUGGCUUCGCAGAAAAAACGGAGCGAAGGAAUCGUCACUCUCACCCAAAUAAGACUAAAGAUGUAGAUCAGGUUUGUAGAAGUCUCAAUUUAUGGAAAGAGAUAGUUGAUGGCGUACGAAUAUAUUUUGACGUGACACUCGGGGAACUUUUGCUCUAUAACCAAGAACGUCAGCAGUUUUCCUCUGUUCACAACUUGCAUCCUCUUCGAACAAACGUCAAAGAAGAAGUAGACGAGUCUGCUAAGUUGUCAGUGAAAAUCGAGAAAGAAGAGUUUAUGGAGCACAAUGACGAUAAUUCUGCUGCACAUCAGGAACGUAACGUAGAUGGGUCAGUGCGCAAGAAAAGUUUGAGAUCACAUCGCUCGGAUGUGGAUGCUGGCGGCACAACGAACAACCAUGUGGACAGUAAUGGCAUUGGGAAGGUGGGCAAGAACUGUGAAAGCCAGUCUUCCAGAAAUGAUGGCUUGAACAACCAUAUAUCCAGGGGAAGUUCACAAUGCUCAAGUCCUUUGUCGAUAUGCGUGGGGCCAUCCGUGAACAACUCCAUCCCUGGCCCCACUGUCUCACCGAAGAGCAGCACGUUACUGCAGCAAGUGUUGUCGUGGCAAAUUGUGCCAGACCACUUGUACUGCCAGUUGCCAGUGCAGCCUUCGCUUGUGUAUGGAGCAAUACAUCUUGCUCGUUUGUUUGUUAAGUUGCCUGAUCUAUUGUAUUCCACAAGCAUGCCUGAUAGAAAACUGAAGCUGGUAUUACGACACUUAGAUAUGUUUUUAAGGUACUUGGAGGAACAUAAAGACUGGUUUGGAGAACACAUCUACAUUGACAACACAUGUAGUUCCUGAGACUGAUAAAUUAUGCAGUCUGCUUAAAAUAAGAUUUUUUUUUUGUUUGUUUGUGAUGUUAUCUGUAUUGUGAAUGAUGCAUUUAUAGUUGUGUGUUACUCUUUUAAUGUGUAAAUAUACCUGUCUCUUUGUAUUUA